GCGCAGUCAGUGUGUCGACAGGGGUAGAAGACGCGUUUACUUUGGAAGAAUAUAUGUUCUUGACAACUUGCUCUAGCUUAUAUACAUAACGGGAAAAAUAUCAAUACGCAAAGAGAAGAAUAGUCGAUCUUUGAAAAUAAUCGUCUCGCAUUUUGCUUAAAUACUGAUCUUGUUGAAUUGUGGUUUGUCGAUUUAAAACGACAGUCAAUUGUACGGCGCGCGGCGAAAAAUAGAACUCUUCUCGAACGCGCGCUUGUGCGCGUGAAAAUUUAAUCGAUUCUGAAGUUCCAUCUAAAUUGUACGAGUGAUUAACGGAGAAAACUAAAAAGAUGGAUUAUUCUUACUUUAUAACGGAUGUCUCCAAACGCAGACGACCUGCUACGACGCGUGAGCUAACUAAAAUAGCGUAUUCCGCGCCGAAAAGGAUCAUUUCCUUGGCAGAGGGAAUGCCCAACGAACUGACGUUUCCGUUCUCGGAAUUCUCGGUUAAACUCAACGACGGUUCGUCCUUCACUCUCGACAAAGAUGAAUUAAGCGCCGCUCUUCAGUACAUACCCACGCAAGGCUAUCCUCCCCUCGUGCAGUCCCUGAGGGAAUUCCAGAGAAGGGCACACGCGCCGCCUUUAUGGGAGAGCCGCGACAUAGUCGUCGUCUCGGGGUCGCAGGACGGUCUCAGCAAGACUCUGGAGGCUAUAAUCGGCACCGGUGAUCCGAUUUUGGUUCCCGACCCUUUCUAUCCCGGCGUCGAAGUUGUGGUAGCGCCUCACAAAGCGGAAUUUAUAUCGAUCCCGCAAGACGACGACGGUCCCAUGCCGGAAGUGCUCCGAGAAACAUUGAGGAAGCGAGAGAUUUCCGGCGCGAAAAUGCCGAAAGUAAUGUACGUAAACGCCACGGGCACGAAUCCCAACGGCGUCAUCAUACCACUCGAGAGACGAAAAGAGAUUUACAGUCUAGCCUGUGAAUAUAACUUUCUGAUCCUCGACGACGAUCCUUACCACUUCCUGCAUUAUGAAAAGGAAGAGCCCAAGUCGUUUUUAUCUCUCGACACAGAAGGUCGAGUGAUAAGGUUGGAUUCGUUCUCGAAGGUGAUCAGUAGCGGCAUCAGAGUAGGUUUCAUGACAGCCGCAGCUCCGCUGAUAGCCAGCAUAGAGCUUCACUUGCAGAGCAGUCACCUACACGCCCCUACGUUAUCGCAGGUAAUACUAUACAAGCUGAUAAAACUUUGGGGUUACGAUGGUUUAAUGGCACAUUACAUGAGAAUAAGAUGUUUCUAUAAACAACGACGAGACACUAUUUCGGCGUUGGCCCACAAGCAUUUAAAUGGCUUGGCAGAUUUUGAGGUGCCUAAAGGUGGAUUUUUCUUAUGGAUUUAUGUACGAGGAAUCAAGGAUACUUGGAAGAUGAUCAUGCAACGGGGUGUUAUGGAGGGUGUCAUUAUGGCUCCAGGAGCAGCAUUUAUGAAGAACUCUUCAAAAUCCUGCAACGCCAUCAGGGCGAGUUUUUCCAAAGCUUCUUAUGCUGAAAUGGACCAGGCCAUGGAGCGGUUAGCACAAUUAAUACGGACGGAGUUAAAUAAUAAUUAUAUUGAAAACGUGGACACAUGAUAAUAGUAUUAUACAUAUAACUACAGCAGUCAAUAUUGAGAACUGCGAGGAGCAGUCGGUAAUAGAAUGAAGGUGAAACGAAGGUCAAAAGAUGUCUCGUUUAAGUUAAAUCUUAAGUAAUCAUCAUUUUUAUUCUUUGAAAGCUUUUCUACUACAAUAAGGAGAAUAAAAA